AUGCAUACUGAUGAAACUUUUCAUGCGCUUUCUCCAUUCCUUGUACAUAAAUUGAUUCUAUCUACCAUUGGUGAAGUAUCAGAUAUUAAGAAAACGCGUUCUGGCGAUCUCCUUAUUCAAACGAAAUCAAAAAAGCAAGCAGAUACUCUGAGUAAACUUACUACCUUAGGUUCAUGGCCAAUAAAAGUAUCUCUUCACAAGACAUUGAAUUUCUCACGGGCGGUUGUCUCGGAACAAUCUCUUGUACAACACUCUGACACAGAAUUAGUGAAAGAAUUACGAUCCCAGGGGGUCUGCGCCGCUCGUCGCAUUCAUGUUCGACGUGACGGACGUUUAAUUCCCACAAAGCAUGUUGUUCUUACAUUUGAAACGCCUGUUCUACCAAAAUUCAUACGUGCUGGAUAUUUGCGGUGUAACAUUCGUCCAUACAUACCUAAUCCUCUGAGAUGUUACCAGUGUCAGAGGUAUGGUCACUCUCGGCAAUCAUGUCGUGGUAAAAUGGUAUGUGGUAAAUGUUCUUCAUUGGAUCAUGAAACUAACACAUGCGAUUCAGAAAUAUUGAAAUGCCCUAACUGUGCAUGCGCUCAUGCAGCAUCUUCUAAAUUUUGCCCUAAAUGGCAAAUGGAAAAAGAAAUCCUAGCCAUUAAAAUAAAAAACAACAUAACCUUUAAAGAAGCCCGCCAAAUAGUCAAUGAUAGAAUGCCUAAGUCUGGUGUAUCGUAUUCCUCUCUUUUGAAAUCAAAACCAGAAAACACUAAUGUCGGUUCAACUCAAACCGAAGAAUUAUUAACGAAAAUUGUUUGCCCUCCUCUCAAAAAAUUACAACCUUUAAAAGCAAAUGUAACACAGACGAAAAAACUUCCAACUAAAACUGACUAUUAUGCAUCUAAACUUGCAACCCCUGUACAUACUAGUUCCAGUUGUACUUCACCUGUUGCAGCUGUUGCUCUACAUACAGACCCUGAAGUAUGCAGUAAUAACAAACCGACGAAAGAACUCCGAAAAAAAUUAAAAUCUUCUGGUAUUACCAAUCAACUUCCGCCUGAUGAACUUUUAUCUAUUAAUCCAUCCUCUUCAGACCUCUCUGAAAUGGAUAUGGAACCUUCUACGCAGCUCGAUGAUGUUACUGCAGGCAAAGUUAAGAAAAAAUCUCAACGUAAACGCUGA